GGACCGCACCCCGCGGACUCAGAAGCGAGCGGCACCCCGGGACCAUCCCACAGCAGAUCCAGUGGCCGCCAACGUCAGGCUGGAGUUGCCUCCUUCGUGGAUGUUGGAUGUGGAAGCCCAGGAGCCCCCCAAGGGGAAAUGGUCGACGCCGCCCUUCGACCCGCGCUUCCCCAGCCAGAACCAGAUCCGUAACUGCUACCAGAACUUCCUGAGUGAGACCUGCUCAGCCAGACUACCACCGCUGCCUCAAGACCAGGACCCGCCGCGGGAAGAGCACGCAGCCCUGCGAGUACUAUUUCCGCGUGUACCACUCGCUGUGCCCCAUCAGCUGGGUGGAGAGCUGGAACGAGCAGAUCAAGAACGGGAUUUUCGCCGGCAAAAUCUGACUGCCCCAGCGCGGCUUCCUCUGAAGAUGCAGUGACCUUGCAUCUUUUUGUCUCGCGGAGCCCCGGGUCUCGGUUAUCCACCCCUACCUCCCAGUGUCUGAGCCACGAAUAAUGCAGGUAGAUGCCUCGCGUUGACAGCUACGAGCCAGCCCAGGGUCCCCAGUUCUCAACACUGUCCCACCCAGAUGGCUCCAAGACGCCCUUUGAAGUCUUGCGUCUCCCCAGGCCAAGGAGUGCCGCUUGACAAAGCCCUAGGGUUCCAGCCUGGUCCUGCUGAGGGAGCCGUGAGACCAGUCAGCCUGGGGUGCUGGUUUUCCCAACGGGUACUCCCUGAGCUAUCAGCCUCCCAGAGGGGCUCCUAGGAGGGGGAAGCCCCAUCCUCUGACUGAAGCGGUCCUAUGAGGCCCUGUUCAACCCCAGGGUUCAAAGGACACACCCUAGAUGAGCCAUCCCCCAGGAUGACGCCACCUCUGAGAUCUUGGCCUCCUGGCUCCGUCUCUGACCACAACCCAAGAAUGGGGUGAGGGCACAGGGUGUGGACUCAGCUACAGGAGGGCUUCCUGUUCAUGCAACGUCCCCAGAGCCUUGACGAAUGCACAGAGGCGCUGGCAGAACCACGGGGGCAGGACCCCUCUCUGAGUCACAGAAUGGAGCUAAGUUGGUGAGGUCACCCAGCCGCCACUGCCCCACUGAUGCCUGAGCCAGGGGCAGGGGCAGACCUGCCCGGCCUGGCCUCCAGCCUGGUGGACCAUCACCUGUGCAAACUCCGAACACCUCCUCCAGGUGCUCCGGCUGGCUUUCCCUGGUGUCCAGUAGCCGCCUCCUGAGACCCCUAAUGCCAGCCUCACAGUCUCAGCAACCUCCCAGAACCUGCUCCGUCCUCCCGGCCUCCAGACCACGGAUCCUGAAGGCCACCUGCGCCGCCUCCCCUGCUCACUGUCCCCCGGCUCCUAGGGACCGCACCUUCGCCUCCUCUCUCUGGGUUUCCCCCUUUCCCAUCCUGAAGGUGGCAGAGCCCGAAUGGUUCUGAGAAUGAGUUCAGUCUAGGCCCUGAAGCUACUAACCAUGUGGCCUGGGACAAGUUCCCUAGCCCCUCCGCGCUGUGGCCUUUUCAUCUGAAAUAUGCCACCAGCCUUCGAGUUCCUUGUUUCCCUUGCUCUGGUCUCCACGUGUAUGAUGGGGUUCUCAGGCCCAGGCUUCGACCAGAGGACCCUCUGCCACCACCGUUUCUUCCUGUCCUUGAGCUACCUUGGUGAACUCAUGACCCCAGGCCCCUGCUCCACCAGGAUGUCCCCCAGGUCCUGCCAGCUGGGAAGUGCCAGCAUGAACGCCUCCAACUUCGUGGAAGCCAGGGUCCCCUGCAGCUGAGGGACGCCAAGCAGACACACCUGCCCUCCCCAGCCAGCUCCUGUCUGUAUGGGCAAGAUGACUGAGAGCGCCCACGUCCCUAAGGCUGUCCUGACCCUCCAUGCUGCGACAAGGACAGGGAAUGGUCACUAUGGGCCUGGCGUCUCCCCUCCCCCACCACCCAGUGCUGCCCAGCUCAAGCCAGAAGCUGACUUUGGCCCCCAUGGGGACAUCAGGCAAGGUCUGGAGACAUUUUUGGUUGGGGCAGAGGCAUGCUCCUGGCAUCGAGUGGGUGGAGACCAGGGAAGCCACUCAACAUCCUGCAAUGCAUGGGACAGGCCCUGCCUAGAAACACCAGCUCAGCAUGGCAGCAGUGCGGAGGCCAGGAAACCCUGAUCGCCAGUUUCUAACGCCCUCACCAUUUUUAUUUUUAUUUUUAUUUUUUUUUGAGACAGAGUUUCGCUCCUGUCACCCAGGCUGGAGUACAAUGAUGCGAUCUCAGCUCACUGCAACCUCUGCCUCCCGGGUUCAAGUGAUUCUCCUGCCUCAGCCUCCCGAGUAGCUGGGAUUACAGGCAUGCGCCGCCACACCCAGCUGAUUUUGUAUUUUUAGUAGAGACGGGGUUUCUCCGUGUUGGUCAGGCUAGUCUCAAACUCCUGACCUCAGGCAAUCUGCCCACCUCAGCCUCCCAAAGUGCUGGGAUUACAGGCAUGAGCCACUGCACCCGGCUCGCCACUAGUUUUUAGCCCUUUUUGUUGGGGGUGGGGUGGGGGCGGAGGAGAGGCGGAUACAGAAACUUGUGAGAAUGUGAUGAACGCUCUGAACCCCCUAUAAAAAAUGUGCAUGUAAAUAUAUACUCUCAACAUUUAAAA